AUGACAGGCACGGCCAAAUCACCAAGUAAGGCAGACGAACCUGUGGACGAACGGUUGCGAAAUAUCGAUCCUAAAAUGAUUGAAGCCAUCAAUAAUGAGAUUAUGGAAUCAUUGCCAGGUGUAACAUGGGAUGAUAUAUCUGGACUAGAGCAUGCUAAGAAGACAAUCAAGGAGACGAUUACCUGGCCAAUGUUGAGGCCGGAUAUAUUCACAGGGCUCCGCAGGCCUCCUAAAGGCUUACUUCUGUUUGGGCCUCCAGGUACAGGAAAGACGAUGAUUGGAAAAUGCAUUGCCAGUCAAUCCAAAGCCACGUUUUUCAGCAUUAGCAGUUCUUCAUUGACCUCCAAAUGGGUUGGAGAUGGUGAAAAGAUGGUUCGUGCAUUGUUUGCAGUUGCACGAUGUCAUCAACCAGCGGUCAUUUUUAUGGACGAGAUCGACUCUUUAUUGACGCAGCGUAGUGACGGCGAAGUAGAGGCCUCUCGAAGGAUCAAGACUGAGUUUUUGGUCCAAUUUGAUGGUGUAGGCGUAGGGGGUGAAGAAGACCGGAUUCUGAUUGUAGGCGCAACUAAUCGACCACAAGAGAUUGAUGAAGCUGCAAGACGUCGGUUUCAGAAGCGACUAUAUAUUCCACUACCAGAGAACCGGGGCCGUCAUUCGUUGAUGAUGCGAUUGUUGGAGAAACAAGCACAUAAUUUGACACCAGAGCAAAUUCAGGAUAUAUGUGAUAGAACAGAAGGCUAUUCAGGUUCGGAUAUGUCAGGCCUAUGUCGAGAAGCGGCACUGGGACCUGUACGGGCAAUUCAAGGGGAUAUUUUGGAAAUCGGUCUGGAUGCACUCCGGCCUAUCAACCAUGGAGAUUUUUUGGAGGCAUUAUCGCAAGUACGAGCGAGUGUGAGUGAUCGGGAUCUGGACUUGUAUAGAGAAUGGGAUAGGGAUUAUGGAUCCGUGGCCAAAUCAUAA